UUUCAGAUCGAUAAUUUGGAGAAAAUUUUAAUUAAUUGAAAAAAGUAGAUUUAGCCGUAAAGCAGAAAAUUUCCUUCGUCAAAUUCCCCUUGAAACUGUCCCAUAACGCACAGAGAAUUUAUCAAAAUCAAAGAAAAACUACAAAAAAUCAGGCGAAAAUCAAUCAAAAAUCUUCAAGUAGACACCCCACUCCAGUUUUCGUAAAAAAAAAAUGUUUACUGAAGCACGAAAAAUGUUGCGACACAAAAAGUGAGAUUUGGAGUGAAAUUAACUGGUUAGAGAGCAAAGGUCGUUGUUUAAAUCAUCGGAAAAUCGAGACAACGACAAAAUAGAUACAUUUACCACAAUGGACGGGGAUAAGCUAUUGAUGGCAGCUGGCGUUACGGCAGCACUUGGCAUGGCUGCUUUCGUGUUCUGGGGUCCUCCGGGCUCGUCACGCUUGCGACAACGUCGCGGUCAGAUCGCUGGCCUACACAAUUUCGGCAAGACGUGCUUCCUGAAUGCACUGUUGCAAUCCUUAGCUGCAUGUCCCCAAUUUUUGAGUUGGUUGCAACUCCAUAACGCGAGCGAACGGAAAAGUCUCAUCUCGGCCCUGCAAAAUGUCCUCGAGGUGAUUAACGGAACACAUCCGACGUUGCGAGGCGAUCCUUAUAGUCCCGGUUUGCUGAUUCGAGCACUGAGUAGCUUGGGAUGGAUUAUUCCGCAAGACGAACACGAUCCGCAUGAACUGCUGCACGUGUUGCUGUCAUCGUUGGAGGAAGAAGCUACGAAACCAAAGCAACAAUUGGGAGGUCUCGUUGAUGCGUUGCAGUCUGUGUCGGAUGCGGCAGCGAGCGAAAUGCCUCCAGCGAGACCCUCGAGUGCCAUGUUGUCGGAAUUGUGCAAUGACGAGUACAAUGAGUCGACGAAUUUUAUGCGGAUGGUCCGGAGUGAAGUUCAUACGCCAGAUUCGCCGCAUUCGACAUGUACCAAUGACGAUGAAUCUGUGGAUAAUUCAUUGAUUGACGAAUGUCUCUCCGCUGCAAAUCCACCAACAAAUUUCGCAUCCACUCUGCCACGCGGCUUACGGAGUUCCCGCAAAAUGAGUGAACAAGUGUCAAACGGAGGCUCACUCCACAAACGCACCUCCGGCUCAUUCCGUUCGCUGGAACGCUUAAAUCGUGGUCCGGGACGCGUGAGUGUCUGGAGCGACAUGCUCAACAUGCAAGUUCCGCAUCCCUUCCGUGGCGGCUUGAGUUCCCAACUCAUUUGCGGCUCGUGCAACUUCAAGUCUGUCGUGCGUUACGACAAAUUCGACAGCAUCACGUUAAAUUUGCCCGAAACCCGCAAUCCCGGCUUGAGUUUGGGUCACUUGCUGAGCGAAUAUGUGGCACCGGAAACUGUGCACGACGUCAAAUGCGAAAAUUGCAACGAGGUGUCUAGUCACACAAAGUCCCUGACCUUUGGAAAGCUGCCGCCGUGUUUGUGUGUGCAUAUUUCUCGAACAACUUGGUCGCCGCAUGGGCAUGCGUUCAAACGACAGGACUUUGUGCAUUUUCCGGAGCAACUUUCCAUGGCACCUUACAGCUUUGUGCAGCCCGGCUUGAGCAGCAAUGCCGGUACGCCGUUAUACGGCUCCACGUUGUCGCUGUACUCGUCGAGCUUGCCGAAUCACGAUGCCGGUGGCGCAAUGAUGAGCGGAAAUUUCAUGUUCCCGCGGAAUUUGUAUAGACUGUUGGCUGUUGUCGUGCACUCGGGCGAAGCGAAUACCGGACACUUUAUUACGUACAGACGAGGGGCGCUCCGGAACUCGCAUCGUUGGUUCUACACGUCAGACACGAUCGUGAAGGAAGUUCCCAUUGAAGAUGUUCUCACGAGUUCGGCUUAUCUGCUGUUCUACGACAGAGGACCCACUUCGAAGAUACACUGUUAGAGAGCUAAGAUGGUGAUAGAUACCCACAAAAUCUUUUAUUCCCUGCAUUUUUUCUACUCAAUAGUCGUGCUUUUCCAUUUUUUUUUCUAGAAAAUCAAAAAAAUUGCAUUUUCUCAUUAAAAAUCACCAAAAAAAAAUCACUUUGAUGAAAAAAAGAAAAUUCAUGUCGCUAUAAAUGUGCUAUUUUCAUUUUCAUUGUUAAUUAAUUUUAAGGCACGGAAAAAAACAGAUGACAGAAACACUUUGAAUCUUAUAAUAUAAAUGUUUGUAUAGAAAGAAAGAAGAAAAAAAAGGUGAAACCUGAAAUAUUUUUAAAGAAAUUAGCAAUUAAUUGAUAAAGAUGAUGAAUCCUAAAA